AGUCUCCAACUGGGGAUCAGGCUUGUUGCUCAGAGAUGAGACCAGCGGAGCAAACCCCAAAUAGGACUCAACUUCCUAUCGAAUGUACAGUUUAAGCGGCUAUCAAAAAAAAUCAGGAGAGAUGGAAGAAUUUUUGCAGCACACUAAGUCUAUUCUGAUUAAAAGAAGUGAGCUACCCAGAGUUCAUGCUGUACUUGGAGAUAGAGAAUGUGGCCUGGACUCUGCUGUUUCAGCCUUAGUCUACGCUUACUUCCUUUAUAAGACCCAUCCAACAGAUCAUCUUUAUGUGCCAGUGCUGAAUAUACAAAGAUCAGAAUUUCCACUUCGCAGUGAAGUUGUUUUCAUUUUACAGCAGUUGAGUAUCUCUGAAUCUUCUUUAAUAUGCAGAGAUGAUAUUGACCUCCACAUGUUGAACAGGGAAGGGAAACUGGCUUUAACACUUGUUGAUCAUAAUCGACUGACAAGUGAUGACAAAGCACUUGAUACAGCUGUUGUCAAAAUAAUUGACCACCAUGAACAGGAGCGAAUACAUUCUGAUCAUUGUGAAAUUGUCCUGGAGCCAGUGGGAUCCUGCAUUACACUAAUAGCUUCUGAGAUUCUCCAAGGAGCUCCAGAACUGCUAAACCAGCAAUUAACACAUCUUCUGAGAGGUGUAAUUAUAUUAGACUGCAUGAACGUUACUUCUGAAGCUGGAAGAGUGACUCUAAAGGAUAAAGAAAUGAUCGCUGCUCUGGAACAGAGAUUUCCUGACCUUCUUGCACAUCAAGAGGUUUUUGAUGCUUUGCAACAAGCAAAACUUGAUGUUUCUGGUUUAAGUACUGAACAGAUUUUGCUGAAAGAUCUUAAGGAACUGUUGGAAGGAGAUACAAAGCUAGCUAUUAGUACUGUGUACAUGACCCUUGAGGAUUUCCUGUCACGCCCAAAUCUUAUUGAAGAUUUAAAAAAUUUUACUGGAAGGUAUGGUUAUGAUAUUCUUGUCUUAUUGACCAUCUUCUUUGGUGAAGGAGGUGAAGCAAUUCGGCAACUUGCCAUCUAUACUGACAAUGAUGAACUCUGCAACAGGAUGUGUAACACAUUAGAAGAAUGUCAGAAUCCAUGCCUCCAACUGGAGCCCAUAGAAUAUGGGUUCCAGGAAAUCAGAGCAUAUCAACAAGGAAGUUCUUCUGACUCAUGCAAGCAAAUUCUUCCAAUUAUAAAAGACUGUAUCCAUAGGAGACAGCAAGGAAUGGCAUUGAACAGGAGAACUUCCUCCACUGAAGCUGUUAAUGGCAGUGCUCCAGUCUCAGAAGGAUCAUCUGGGGUUCUGGAUUUAUCUGGUCCUGACGUAGAUUCUCAAAACACUGAAUAUAUGGGUGACAAUCUAUUGGAAAAUUCUCAAAAUAUGAACUCUUCCUUACAAGCCCAUGGUGAUGGCAAUUUGGAUCUUAUGAGUCCAGACAGUGGACUAGCUACCAUCAGAAGCAAUCGUUCUUCAAAAGAAAGUUCAGUUUUUCUCAGUGAUGAAAGCCCAAUACGAGAAGCAGUUGUACCACCAUCCAACACUGCACAUGGGUAUGACUUAUUCAGUUCACUGCCUGAAGGUGAAUUAUUGGAAAAAAAUGUAUCAUCAGUUGUUAAUUUGAAUAAUAAUUUUGAUCUGUCUGUUCUUGAUCCAACACACUGUGAUAACACCCAAGCUAAUUUUUCAGGAGAUAAUGAAGAGUUCAUGAUGACUAAAUUGCCAAAUCUAGAUUCUACUCCUCCAAAAGGUUACUUUGUGAAAACAGCCCCAUUAAGUAAUAAUUCACCAGACUUUACUACAGAUAUAUCAAAGGAAGUUAGUAAGAUAACUGAACUGGUAAAGACAGAGGAUAUUCAUGCUUGCAGACAAGAAAAUGCUAGAGAUGAACCAGAAAAAGGUCAAAUGUUGCAACACGUGGUGGGUACUACUUUAACAUCGCAAAGCCUUUCCAAUGAUAUGAUUGAAGUGGAAAUUUUAGAUGAGAAGGUUCCUCCAACACCAAUGAACAGUCUUGUGGAAGGAUCACCUCUAGAUGAAGGUCCGCAUAAUAUUUUUGCAGAAGAUGUAAUAGAGAAAAUGAAUGGAAUUGUUACAGUUGAUUCUGAUCAGUCAGAUUCAAAGUGUAUUGGACAACAGAAUGAAUUUGAAGGAGGUUUGAAGAUGUCUAUGGCAAGCCCAGAUGCUGCCUGGGACAGAAGUCAAAAAUCAUUGAGUGUGCAUAAACAAUCUUCUGAUCUUUGGGCAGACUUUGAACAAGAAUUCAGUCAAUCUGACUUUGCACAUGGUGAUGAUAGGAAUGAAAUUGAUAUCCAGUGUAAGCAAUCUAAUGUGAAAAAUGUUGAUGAUAUAUGGAAUACCACUGGUCAAUCCAUUUUCCUAUCUUCUUCUGCUGAACCAGGGGUAUGUGAUAAGUUAGAUAAGAGUCAGUUGAAAGAAACUAACGUGCCUGGCUUCAAUAACUUUGAUCCACACUACAAAUUUGGAAACAAAACAUUAUUAGCAGACAGAUCCAUACUCAUUACUGAUUUACCAAGACAAGAGAAUAAACAACAUUAUGUAGAUGACCAGGAUAUAGACACUGAACAGAAACAGACUAUGUCAGCUGUAGAAGAUACAUUUAUUUGGGAUAAACCUACACAAGAAGUUAUUAGGCCUGUUGAAAUGUCCCCAGAGGUACCAAUGGAUUCUGAAGAGAAAAUCCAACAUACAGACACUGAAAAUCUGGAUUUCAGCAUGGUGCCCACACAGAAUAUACCUCUUUCAUCACAAAUGCCAACAAUAUUAUGUGAUCCUGUACACCACGUUCAUUUUCCUAUUGCUGUAAAUUUAUCAACAGAGGUUGAAUCAAAAGAUGAAAUUGCCCAACCAACUGAUGAAAUAUUAAAUACAUGGACAAUAUUUGAUCAGGAAACUUGGAACUCGAGUUCUGAAAGUGAAAAAAUAUGUGUUGCAGAAAAUGAUCAAAACUGCCAAAUAACUCCACAUAGACAUGACAUAAAUACUGAUUCUGAGAAGGAGAAAAGACAAUUCAUCUCUGAAAAUCCAGAUGAAAGUCUACCAUUGGAAAAGAACAUUGAAGCAUGGAAUAUUUCUCAAGAUGGUCCCAAGCAGUCACCAGUGGCAAAUCCAAAUCUUUGGAGUAGUCAUAUAGACAGCAUUAACCAUGCAGGUAUGAAACUAAACAGUGAAUCCCCUCUCCCAGUGUUUAAUACCAAUGUCCAAGGAACUGAGCACAUGCAAGAAGCACAUCAAGUUAUCAAUAGUCACGGUCAAGCAAUAUUUGAAACUGUAGGGGUACCAAAUACAGAGGAAUGGAAAUUAACUUCACCAUAUAAUUCUGAUAUAUGGAAUGAAUUUGAACAAAGCUGCCAUUCAUCUUCUGAUAGUCUGAAGGAAAGUGGUGAACAUAAUCAGAGGGUUAGUCAGGAAAGUGUAGAAUUUCUAGAUAAAAUGAAAACUUCAGAUCAGCAAAUUAGAUACGCUGCAACUGAAAAUCCAUGUAUAGAAAAUACAAACAUACAAGAGAUUAGAGAGCUUUCUACACGAGUGCAUCAUCCAUGCAAUAUUUUGGAACCACCUCAAUGUGAAUCAACAUAUACAAGCCAAGGUAUACUCAAUCAACGACAGGAAAUCAGUCAACUGAAAGCAGAUUACUCUAACUUGUGCCAAGAUUAUAAAAUGGAAGACAGGUUGCCAGGCUAUGAAAAUAAUGAUUUAUUCAGUUCUGUUGGACUGGAAUUGGUGAAAUCAGAUAAUGAACAAACCUUUGCAAGUCCUGAUACUUGGAAUCAAUUCCAACAAGGGGUUAUAGAACUGAAUGGGAAAAUUUCAGAUUUUCAGAGCAAAUCUGGUGAGGACUUUUCUUUUUCUGACCUAGAAGAAAAAUGGAAAGAAUCUGCACACAAAGCAGAACAACCAGUGUUCGAACUUUGUGAUAUACAUUGUGACAUUGAUCAGGACAGCCAGCUGUCAAGCUCUGAAAUGCUGCAAGCCCAUCUGGCAGCCAUUGAUGCCAAAAAUCAGCCAUUAGAAGAAGGAAACCUGCAAACGAGGAAGAAUUCUGAACUCUAUAAAGAUUCUGGUUAUGAAUUUAUUCAGCCAUAUACAAAUCUUGACAUUUUGAAUACAGUUGAACAAGAGCAACCAAAAGACAUGGAUUCUAACAAACUUGUAGAAGAUGAGCAUAAUCAACCGCUCAAUGAAAUUCAUGACACUUGGAUGGACCCUGGUUGUGAAUUUCCUGAACUGCUUUCUGCUGGGAGUGAUGCUUACAGUGGAUCUGAACAGGAGCUAAUUGAAGCAGGUGGAAACAUUCCUGAUAUUGUGAAUAAUUAUUGCCAAAAUACAUGCCAGGCUUCUUCAGCAAAACCUGAUCUAUGGGAUAAUUCCAGUGAGUUGUUUCCUGGUUCAGCUUCUGUAAAUCCUGAUAUUUUAAAUGACUAUGAACUAGAAUCCAGCUACUCAGCUUCAAACAGUCCGGAUAGAUGGAGUGAAUCUGUCGAAGUAGAGAAACAAGAUUCUGGUGGUUCAGAUGCAUGGAUUGAUUCUGAAGAAAAAAAUGAAGAACUUGUGACCAAAUUGCCUGAUAUAAUGGACCCAUCCAGACAACCAUCUAGCCUAUCCAUCUCAGGUGAUCAUUCUUCAAGUGAGUUACCUGAGCAAAAUUGUCUUUUUUCAUAUCAAAAUGUGCAUGAUGUAUUAAUACAGCAGGCAAGCCAUAUACCUUUGAUAGCUGCAGAUUCAAAGGUUCAAUUAGAACAAUUAGAUAAUGUAGAGGAAUCAACAUCUGCUAAUGUAUGCACUGAGUCAGGACAAUAUUUUAACGCAGUAGAACAAAGAUCAGAUGAAAGUAAAGAUUUGAAAGUUUUAAAUAAUGUUAAUAUUGAAUCUUUGCAAGGUGCAAAGAUUCCUAUGGAUCCUGAUGCUUGGAUUCAUUUGGGAGAACAAAGGUCUGAAUCAAUUACGAAACAUCAGAGCUUACAAGAUAAAUACAGAGGGGUGGUAAGUUAUUAUGAUUUGGAAGAUAAUGAAUAUACAAGUCAUAGAAACAAUGUGGUGAACCAAGAAAAUCUAGAAAGUCCUAAUGCCUGGAAUCCAGUGGAAGAGGUUUCUGUCUGUGUGGCCAGUGCACUGCCUUGCUCAUGGACAGAAAAUGAGCAGUUCCAAACCUCUGGUUCUGAAAAUAAUGCUUACUACUUGACAAAAAAUAAAACUGAAUCUAUAACUCUGGACAAUAGAACUUUAUUUCAAGAAGGACGAGGUGUUUCAAAGGAAAAUCCAUCAACUUUAGAUCUAGUCAAUAAUUUGCCCAGUACAAAUGACAAGGAAAAAGAAGUUGAACCCUUUUUUUCAAAAUCCAGAUCUGUUGAGGACUAUUUAACUUCUGACUUGGACAGUCAGGAAGUAGCUUUACAUAAUUCAGGAGUGAUGGAGUACUUCUCUGUAUCAGAAGAAAAUCUUUUGCAUAUGGAACCACUGAAAGAUGUUUCUCUAGCAGUAAUGGUGGACUCUAAUUUAUGUGAUACAAUUUCAUCUGUAAGCAGCACUACUUCUAAAACUGUAAACGAUGAGGUUGUCCAUGGAGAGAAAACUGUACUUAGUAACAAAGAUCCUCUGCUAAGUCAUUCUGAAAUCCAACCUUGCAAUAGCAACACUAAGUUAGACAUGUUUAAAGAGAAUGCAGCAUUUGCCCAUGAAAAUCUAGAAAUAAUUUCAUCAACUAGCGUUUGUGAAUCUGUAGGGCAGGCAGAUUCAUUGAAAAAUACAACUGAAGAUGUUAAAGACACUAACAUAUUUCCACCAGCAGAUGGUACUUCAGCACUCUCUAUCACUGAGAUAUCAAACCAAAGAAAUUUAGAAACUGAAUGUUUACCACAUAAUGUGGAAAGUGCAUGGGUUACAGAUAGUAGUAACAGCAAUGUGACAUCAUCUAGCUUAUCAUCCAGUACCCACAAAUCAGAUAUUUGGGAAGAUCUCAGUCCUGAGGAUGGUGGUAUAAUUGAUGCUGAAGGGAUUUCUCAUCUCUCUGUUUCAGAGAGCAUUGCUGCAACAGAUAGGAUAAAAGGAAGUGAAUCAAGAGUGGAAAUUGCAGAGUGUUUGACAGAGUUCUGCAACAGAGGAAAUGAUCCAGUCUUGAAGCAAAGGUUUGAUAAUCAGUACAGCUUUUUGGUUUCUUCACAAAGACAUUGGACUAGCUUCAAACAAGGACUUCAGUGCAGGAGAAAUAGACUACAUAACUUUAUCUGGGAAAGAGAGACCCUGUGA